AUGUGUUUGAUUAUUAUGCCGCUGCUGACCACGCAGACCUCCAUCUAUCCGGAACCGACGGAAAUGUUCUGCACGAUAACCAUGUUCUUCUGCCUCUCCGUUAUCUAUACCGUAAACUGGAUAUCGCUGAUGAUCGCCAUCAACCGGGUGGUGGCUAUAUUGUUCCCCUACAGCUACCGUUACUGGGCGCGGAAGCGGACGAUUAUCACCAUGAUCCUGAUUAGUUGGAUGAUCCCCGCUGUCUGUAAUGUAUUGGUGUCCUUUCGCAUCGGUGCAACCUUUCAGUUAACUGAGCCGUGGGGUGCCUGCGGGGUGAAAGUGAAUAACCGGAUUAUUUUUCCUCUAAUGACCGUUAUCUGUGUGGCAUUUCCCGUCGGUCUGGAAGGGGUCAUAUAUCUUUGUAUUUUUGCGAUUCUUACGUGGCGAAAGGUCAGGAAGGUGCGACGGAUUUCGGUGGUUGCUUCCGAUUCGGAAAUGUCAGCAUUCAGACGCGAAGUGUUUGUGCGGAGGGUAAAGGUCACCAGGAUGCUGUUUCUAUCGAAUGUAUGGUACAUGGUAUGCUUUUUGCCGGCGCCUAUUUCAUCUAGUUUAUACCCGAAGCAGUACAUAUCGCAACCGCUGCUGCAGCUGUAUUUUCGAUCAUUAUUGGCGAUGGGUUAUGCAACGAUACCGUUAAUAUACGUGGCUUUCAACAAUGACUAUCGCAACGGCAUCAGGGAAUUCUGGAGGAAAGCCCGGAGGAAUUUGGGUAGCUUAAUGGGACUGGAAAGCGAGCGACUGCGAAAAACUUCAGAAUCCACAAAGGAUGAUGGACGCGGUUCAUCUACCAAGAGGGAAACAUCUCAGUUUCCGCUGAAAUAA